AAUCGCGUAGUAAGUCGCCUCCGUGGCCCGUAAGUCUAGACAGAGCGCCCUAUGAUGGCGUUUGAGUUAGGAUGAAGAGUAUAUAUUUUGGCCAAAUCUCUGCUGCUUAAGCAUGGGAAAUUAUCCGGGAACCAAGCGAGAGCAAGUCGAAGUAAGCCCAGAAAUGCUGGUUUGUCGAUUAAAGCGAGCUGCUUACAAAGGAUCGAAGAAAGACUUACGUGAGUUGAUCAAAGCGGGCGCCCCAAUUGAUGGUUGCCAUAAAUACGGUAAAACUGCUUUACAUGAAGCUGUACGACAUGGCCAGUAUAGAUGUGUUGAAAUACUCUUAAAGCACAACGCUAACGUUAAUAUUGCCACGUAYGAUGGAUUGACUCCUAUUCACGAAGCAGCCGAACAAGGCUAUGUUGAUUGUUUAGCUGCUUUGCUCGAACAAGGAGCACACGUAAAUGCUUCUACAAGAAGUAACUGGACUGCUCUACACUACGCCGCUCGGAAUGGUCAUAUACAAUGUUUAGAAUUGCUUUUGAAACAUGGAGCCCAUGUAAAUGCGACCGCAAAUGGCGGUUGGAGGCCUCUCCAUGUUGCAGUACGACAUGGACAUAUUGCUUGUGUUCAGCUACUUCUUCAGUUUAAAGCAGAAGUUGAUCCUCCGCCAGUCCCUGCAUGGCGGGUCCUUCAAGUUCCCCUUCAUCACGCUGCAGAGUAUGGCCACUUAGCUUGCUUAGAAGCAUUAUUAAGGCAAGGUGCAGAUGUUAACUCUGCCACAUCUGAAGGGUGGACGGCAUUGCAUUCCGCAGCUUUGUAUGGCCAUACACCAUGUGUAGAAGCUUUGAUCAGAUUUGGUGCUGAUGUAAAUGUCAAAACUAUAUGUGUAACACAAGGGACAUCAUACAAUGAUACACCAUUGCACUUAGCCGCAUGGCAUCAUCAUUACCACUGUUUAAAGAGACUUGUCCAAGCAAAUGCUAACUUAUGGACUAAAAACUGUCUGGGCCUGACACCAGAACGAUUUAUUACAAGGGAUUUUCGAUUGCGAGAAUGGCUUGAAAAUGUACAGAAACAACCUCGAUCCUUACAACUUCAAUGUUCGGCAAGAGUAAGAACUUUACUACAACCAGAUAAGACCAAAAAUGCAUUAAAACUACCCCUGCCUGCACAUUUACUAAGACUGGUAUUAUUUGAGCAAGACGUCAAGGUCCUAUAGCAGAAAUUUGAAAUAUAAAAUUGAAGUUACUAUUUUGGUGGCAUUUGUUGUGAAGAAGUUCAAAUAAUGGAAUUCAAGGGAAUCUGUAUCCAGGCUUUAUUAUUUAUUGCAUUGGUAGAAAUACAACAUGGUGUCCAGAAGGUAUAUUGUAGAUUUUAACUCUUUAAGUAUCGUCUGAAUAAGUUUAUUUUGCAUUUCCUUUURCUGUCAGUUGUAGAAUGAUUUUCACUUAACUGUGUUACACUUUUAUUGGCAUUUUACUGUAUUUGGUUAUUAUAUCAUAUUGAUAGACUUUCCAUAGUCAACUGAAAAUCACUCUACUAAACUAGUUUUUUUUCUCUCUAAGUUUUGUCCAUUUCAGACAAUGAAUCAAAAAUCUGUUGCCCUCAUGAUUUAAAAAUAUGCAAAAACCAUCAUUUACAUUGCUAUGCAACCAGAUGAGAUAAGGCUACAAUUACCCUUAAGUGCUUCGGGGUAACUGUUAGUUGGUUAGGGAAAAUAAUACCAAUGGAUUUGAUUGAUAGUAGUCUGUUGCUACUUGCAUGUCGUGAAGGUUGUCUGCACUAGUCGCAUAGCAAUGUAAACAAUGGUAAAAUCAACAUAAGCAAAUAGCAAUGCUGAAGGUAUUGCAAGUGCAUGUGCUAAAUCCAUGAUUUACUAUUACUACUAAUAAUAUUGCUAAAUAGCGUUGAUAAGAAAACAAACGAAUGAGAACCAUUAGCAACUAUUUUUACUAAUUAUGUUUCAUGGAUAAAGUGUGUUUACCCUACAAAUGCUCUAUGUCUGCAUCCCAUAAUCCAAAAUGAUAGCCCUGUAUAAUGUGUCAAACUGAAAAACAACUUUUGUUUAAAUGCUUAAGUGUUGAAAAUCCACCUCUAAAGUCUAAUCUAAGUACACCAUUAUAACAUCCUGUCUUAAUCUCUGAUACAGACAGAUUGCUGUUAUUGAAUGUAGGGAGAAAUAUGAUGAAACAUUGAAAUGCAAAAAGGAAAUAUUCAGAUAGAUAACUUACACACUGCAUUGAAUAGUAGCAAAUACAGUGUAUUCCAUAUGUCCAUAAAACAACUAUAAUCUAGUCGAAGGAUCAUAAGUUUGAUUCAUAAUUUAAUCUACUGAAACAGUGGUCAGUWGCACUGACUCAUGUUUAGCUGUAUUUUAGUUUUUUUAUGUUAUGUAAGUGAAAAUUCUUUGUUUCGUGAUCCCUUUAUGGUUGAUAACUGAGCAUUAUUUUAAAAUGUGUAGUUGUUUUAUGGAUAUGUGGUAGAGGAGUGCUUUUCAUUAACCCGUGAAAUAGGCUUUCUAACUCUUUAUUUUUGUGCUUUUCUUUGUCUUUUCACAUUAUUACACUUCGACUAUUAUACUUUAUUUCACAGGUUGAUAAAAGUUACCUUUCUGCAUGGCUUUUAUUURAUAUAUCUAGAGUGCAACUGCUAAACCAUUACAACUUUUCAAUAUUAAUUUAUUCAAGUUCAUGGGAAAAGAUUUUGGUUGCUUUACUUUAAAGUGCGCAUGCUAUAUCAUAAGCAGAUUAUUUUUUUUUGUACUGUAAUACUUUAACUGUUGUUCACCAAGGAUGAAUAAUAACUGUCCGUGGAUAUUGGUUCUUGUUCGUGAAAUACUUACUAGUCAAUAAUAUUCUUAUUUUUACGUUGACUUAUUAGAUUUUUCACGGAUUGUGUACCAUUACUUUUAUUAGUAAAAUAUGAUGCCAUCAAAGUAAAUGUAUCUUAGAUAUUUGGACCUCUGUAAGAAGGACAUGUUUUAUUGCAAGAUGGAUGCUGGUUGCUACAUAGACCCUGGUCUCUCAAUACAUCAUUACCAAUUAGAAAAGUAAGCCAAAACCUUAUGGUAGCGGUUUCGUUUGUUACGUGUAAAGUCUGGUUGCCAAAUGGGGACUACAAUUGUAGCCUCUAUGUAGAAACAGUUGGCUUCUUUAUUAGGGUUUUGAAGCUGGCCUUAAUUGUUUUAAACAACCGAUGUUUCAUCAGUCUGAGUGAACUCUUUCUCAAUUCCGUACUCUUUGUCAAUUCUGAAUCUCGUUAAUGAUGUUUAGCYUCCGUAGCAGACGUAGAACGUCUGCUACGGAGGCUAAAUGAUGUUCACCUAUUUCGAGUACGCUUGUCGCUCCAAAAAUGUUUAUGCUACGCCCAGAGAGCAUUGUGGGAAUACCUUCGUUACGUGCGUAUAACACUGAGUAGAUACAGAAGUCGGUAUUUUCAACGUGUUAAAUACCCACCAUAUUUUUCGGUCUCACUUUUGUGUCUUUAAUGUUUUUGGAGUGACAAACUUAAUUGAAGCAAGGUUAUUUAAAGGACGGCUUUUCUCAAAACCCGAACGAUUGUACUUCACCAAUAUCGCUUUCUCAACUUGCCGCAAAGCACUUAAUGUCAAAAUUGUCAAACCUAAAACUGCAAUAACAUGUCCUACCUACAGUUAAAAAUGAUGUUAAGGAUUUUCCGCGACAACUCAUUUUAAUUUAGYAUUCCACAAAACAUAUAUUAUUUCUAAAUAAAUAGUGUAAAAUGCAAAUAUUUGGUAAAAAAAAGAUGUAAUAGUAUUUCAUACUUUAAAAAGUGUUUCAAAUACAUGAAUAGAAUUGAACCAAAUAUUAUAAUCAAAUCGUUCAGUGCAUGUAAAUGGUACACAUCUUGAGGUACAUGUGGUCGUUUGAUUAAACCUUGUCACCACUCUACGUUACUGGACUUUGAAAGGGUUAACUUACCCACACUCCCUUUCGGUGUAGUUGCGYAGACGUGAAGCCGACUUGUGACAACUUUAAUCAAAAUGCUGUAUAUGUCUGGUGUUAUAGCWACACGAUGCUAUAGAAUUAGAACAUUUUACACAGUUCAACUGUAAAUAAGUCUAGAGUGGAUGUCUUUCACUCAUUGAACGGUGUCAAUAAUAAUGAUAAUAACUUUACAUUGGUAAGA